AUGAGUUACUCUCCUACCGAUUCUCCAUCUAUAAAUAUCAGUACGAGUCCAUCUUGUGGUGAUAAUGCUGGAAAUGAUGAUGAUGAUGAUCAUGACCAUCCAUUAGAAGGAUGCAGCAAUUUACAUACCACAGAAAAGGAUCCACCCCUUCGAUCAACCAAAGUACGUUGUACAUCUGUUCAGCAGGCGAAAUGUUCAAACUUCUGUCAUACGAAUGAUACCAGUCUGAUGGCUCUCCGAUGUAGAAUAUGUUUAGAAGAAGGUGAUGAAGUAGAUGGGUUGUUAUCACCAUGUCGUUGUAAAGGAAGUGUUGGAUUAGUACAUAGAAAUUGUCUUGAAAAAUGGUUGUUAACAUCAGGGAAAGCAAACUGUGAGCUUUGUGGUUAUGCAUAUAUACUGACACCGUCUUACAGAUGUUCAUCCCAAUUUUCGUCUUUACAUCACUUACGACAUGUCAGUAAUGAGAUAAGAAGUGUUGGAAACUGGUUAAAUUGGCGGCGAACACGUCGACACUUGAUUGCUGAUGUGAUAUGUAUGAUUGUGUUAACAUCUGCUACUUAUACUGCAGUCUAUUUCUGUGUUGUAGGAGCCCUUGACUAUGCACAGAGUAAUCCACUUGGAUGGAAAGUAUUUGGAUUAUGUGGACUUGCAGUGCUUCUUAUCUUCUUAUUAAGUAUAUGGAUGAUCUCGAUCAUCAAAUAUCACUUGGGGGAUUUUCGCAAUUACCAGCAUCAUCUACAGCAAAUGGCUUUAGCUGAGACAGUUCAACUGUCAGCACUACCCACAUAUCGGUUUUCUGUGCAGCCUAGACCUCGAGGAUCAUCUAUUGUCUUGUGCACCUUACACAGAGAUCAUGAACUAUCCCUUAUACCACAGGUACAUGAAACACAGAUUUUAUCUCCAUCGAACAAGCAAAGCGUAGAUGUGAAUGGGUCAGUCUCAGACGAUCAGUCUCUAACUUCGAGUAGAUCUGCCUCAAGCUCAAAUCAACAGAUUGUCACGACAGUUUCACUGACUACUGUUCCUGAAGUGACUGACGAUUUCUUCAGUUCAAGUAGCAAGACAAGCUAUGUAAGCACCACUCAAAUCUGA